AUGGCGACUAAGCUGGCUCUCACUCCCGCGUUCACUGGCGCUCUUUUGUUCGCUCUCACGGCCUCGCCAGAUCGCUUCAGAGAACCACUCAUCGCCCAGCUCAGGCAGUACAUCUCCGCCACCAACCUUUCCCGAGCGGUCACCACCCUCAAAUGGCUGUUUGCAGCAGGCCUGGGUAGCACUGUCAAUGAAUGGCUGUCCGAACUCGCUCAGAACAACUUCCGACUCCGAUCGGAAGCACAUCGCUAUGACUGGCCGAACGAGAUCGCCGUCAUUACUGGAGCAACAGGUGGCUUUGGAAGCUUGAUGUCGAAGGAUCUGGCGAACAGGGGAGUCCGCGUCAUGGCACUCGACGUUCGUGAUGAGCUGCCCGCGGAUAUGAAGCACCCCAAGAUACACUACUUCAAGUGCGAUGUGACCGAUCGUGAUGCGGUCGCAGAGGUCGCCAAGCAGAUCCGCCAACAACACGGAGACCCUUCCAUUCUGAUCAACAAUGCUGGAAUCUCGGGCGAGGGUCCCAUUGUCGACCAGACCAAGGAGUCUCUGCGCAAGAUCUUCGAUAUCAACGUCAUCAGCCACUAUUACACCGUUCAGGAGUUUCUCCCGGCCAUGGCGGCGAACAAGAAGGGGCACGUUGUCACUGUUGCCUCCAUGGCUUCCUUCGCAACCACCGCUGGAAUUGUGCCAUACUCAAACACCAAGGUGGCCGCGCUGAGCUUCCAUGAAGGUCUUCAACUCGAGGCCAGAGUCUUCCACGACGCUCCAGAGAUCAAGUUCUCGUCCCUCCACCCCUCGUUCGCUUCGACGCCAAUGGUUGCACCACAUUUGAAAGAGCUUGAGAAGGCAGGAGCUGCGGUGUUGAAGCCGAUUGAUGUUUCCAAUGCUGUUAUCAAGCAGAUCGUAAGCGGCAGAGGCAAGCAGAUCAUUCUGGCAGGAAAUCUGGGACCAGCUGUCUACUUGAGGUCGUUUCCACACUGGUUGUCGCAAGCAGUGUUCCAGUUGGGCGAUCUUCAAACGAAAAAAGCCCUUCAGAACAAGUUUCCAAAGAAGCAGUAG